AAUUUCCGAAACACAAUUUUUUUUACAAUCGAAUUUCGAGCAAAUUUUCCGGAUUUUCAUGCGUUUCAAGUGCAUUUUUUGCAUCUACAAGAACUCUUAGUGCCGAUUAUCGCGACAAAAAUCCGCAAAAAUGUCGGGGUGCUAGCGAAAAAUGCAAUUAAAAAAUUUGCAUGCAAUACAUUCGAUUUGCAUCCGACAUAUUUAAGUGAAAUUUGAGAAGAAAAAAAAAUAAAACUAAAAAAUUCAAAAAAUUAUGGAUGUUGAUCAAUCCAAUUCGUUGAAACGGUGUUCGAGUGCACCGCAGAUAAAUAAUAUUUUGCAGCAGGAACAAGUUGCGAAUGCAAUUCCUGCUCCUGUUGCUGAACCUACCGCAAAUGUAGCGAGGGAACCUCCUACUGUUCCGUCGUCCUUUGCGAAUAUUUUAACGCCCCGAGCUCGUAGAUUUAGUACGAGUUUCAAUCCGUUGACGGCAAGCCCGUCAUCCAAACUCGUGCCACGAAUCUCACAAAUCCGCCAAGAAGAGUUGGAGGUCCCGACGCAGCGGGAAGUCAAUCACGAGCGCGAAGUUCAUUCAGCGAUGCAAAUUUCACAGAGUUACGAGGAUUUGACGCUCAUCACAGAGACUUGGUCUUUUAAGGGGGAUCAAGAUACGAAUAGUGUCUCCAAUUUGCUGCAUCUCAAUUUGACCAAUAGCAAUGUUUGUUGCUCAAGUCCCUCUCCUACGAGAAGCGGCAUGAGAUUACCUUAUGGACUCUCGCCAUCGCCCACACGAAAGUCAUUCGCAACGAGACGUUCAAUGUCGCCAAUUGCGAUGCGCCCAUCCCAACUUGCCAGUUCUGUGAAGAGAAAAUUUGAAUUAGAUGAUCCUACGAGCACUUAUUCGCCGCCUCCUUUCAAAAAAUUGAUCAUUGAUCGAAAUCCUUCUCCAUCAUUUCGCCAAACGCCUUCGCCGCUGCUCUGUCCUAGUCCCGACUCGUGUGCCUCCAGCUACGAGGGCCGCACCACGCCAAAAUGCUUCGUCUCGAAACUCUUUACAUCGAAUUUACCGUCAACAACAGCGAAUUCCGUUGCCUCGUCGCCCGCUACCACCGAACUCUCGAGCGAAACGGAUACGCCAUCCGAAAUGGAUUGCGGCACGAACAUCACACCACCGCAAAGCAACAAAAGUAGCUGCGUUACCGCGAAUGGCGUCGAGUUGUCGUCAUCCACGGAGGAAAAUAGCAUGGAAAGUGGCAUUUCGUCGACGAUGGAGUUCAAGGAGCCCGACAAAUGUGAUAGUCGCGUGGUUAUGGUGAAAGGAGCUACCGUGAAAAUUGACGGCAUUGUACCCUGUGAUAGCACAAGUCACGCGCAGCUCAAGGAAGCGACCCAAAGUGACGUCGUGACCAAGAAGGAGCACGAAAAGAUGACAGUUGACGAAGGGAGUUGCGGUUAAAUUAUUGAAUUUACAUUAAAAAUUGCGCCCUUUUAACGCAAAAAAUAAUAAUAUCCUAAAAUUUAUUAUAAAAUUAUCAAAUAUAUAUCAAUUUUUUCUUAUAUAGUUAACUAGAUUUACGAAAUUCUUGUUAAAAAAAAAUAUUUAACCCCAAAAAAUAAUAAAAUUAA